AUGUUUGCAUUUGGAUGUUUUUCGAGAAAUAAAGAAAAUAAUCACUCGCAAAAAAUUAAUGAUAUAUCAAAAUCAAAGAUCAUUCAUGAUGAAUGUUUAUUAAACAAACAAAAGGAAAUAGUGGAGAAAGAAAAAAAUAAAAAAGGAAAGAUUAAUAGAGUAUUAAGCUAUUUAGGCUCUUGGUUCUGUAUGAAUAAUAACAGGAAAACAAAUGAUGAAAUUCUAGAAACGCAAAGAUUAAUUGAUGAAGAAAAGUCUAUGAACGAUAACAAAGGUUGUGUAAAUACUUUAAAUGAUACCGUAGAAACAAGUGAAAAAAAAUUACCAAAUGAAGAAAAAUCUAUUAACAAUGAUGAAGAUGGUGUAAAUAUCCCAACCGAUGACGCAAAGACAAGCGAAAAAAAAUUAUCUGAUGAAGAAAAAUCUAUUGCCAAUAAGGAAGAUGGUAUAAAUACUGCAACUGAUAACGUAGAGACAACCAAUACAAUGGAAGAUUUUAUGAAUAAUGAUAAUUCUAGUUUAAAACAAGUUAAACCACCUGUUUUCAAUCCGGAAGAUGUUAAAUUGAUUACUAAAGAUUGUGAUGAGUCUGUUAUAGGAGAAAUAUGUGUAGAAUUUGAAGGUAGAAAAUUUCGAUUUACAUUAUUUACAACUACUAAACUAUCCUCAAUUGCAAAAUUAAUAUAUAAAUCAUGUGGGUACUCUACAUUACCUCCUAUGAGUUUGGAGGAAUUGAUAGAGAAACAGAAACAAAAUGCGAAGGCAAUUGAUAAAAGACGAAGGAAAUUUCCUCCUGGAUUUAAAGCCCUUAGAGAGAAGAGAAUUAGAAGAAAGCGUGCGACAAUACUCCCAGAAAUUUUAAUGAAAGAAAAUAACAAAAAGGAACUUGAACAGUUUUAUAAAGAAUUGGAAGAUGAAGCAACGUAUUUCGACGAAAGUUGUAUACGAGGAUUCUGUGGUCCAUAUUUACCUGAAGACAUGCUAGAUGAUCCACCAGAUGACGAGUGUAAUACAAAUAAUGUUACAGAAGACAAAACACAGAAUAUUAAAAAGAACAAAAAAGAAACAAAAAAAACUACUUCUAGUAAAGAGAAUGUCAAAAUAAAAGAUGAGAGCUCUUCUUAUGAUUUAUACAAGGAAUAUGCAGGAAUGUCCCUUUUAUGGGACAUUUAA